GCGCCGCACAGCCCCGGCGUCUGGAGAAGUGCGCGCCUCCCGGCUCCCACUCCACGCUUCUCAGCCCGCCGCCCGCCUCUCUCUGCCAACCAGGGGCGGGGACGGGGAGGCACCAACUAGCAUCUGAGAUUGGCGCCGCCAAAGACCAAAGAUCAUUACCCAGUUCCGACGGCAGACAGGGUUGGGCAGCUCGGUCCGGCUUUGCGCCCUGGGGCCACCAGUUCGGAGGGUCAGAGCUGCCCGAGGGAAGCGACGGGCGCCGCUGCCAACUCGACAGAGAGUCUCAGCACUUUGGGCUUGCUCCCUCCCGUUCUUGGAAAAGACUGAAGAGACGCCAUCGGGGAUCCAGAGACAGCAUCCUCAAUAGCUCGGAAAUCUAGUCAUCUUGGUUCCCUGAGAUUGGAGGUGCAGGAACUGACAGCUGGCUGCCAGGAGACUCAUCCAGGGAUAGAAGAGAAAAAGUGAAGUAAGAAAUUUGGAAUAAUGUUUUCAGAAUAGAUCUUUUGAGUUGGAACCCAAGCUACUAGUGGAUUCUAAAUUCCUUUGUUCCUGAGUCGCAGCUAUUGAUUUCUGACUUUUGAAGAUGGAUGAAGGUAUAGAAAUUUCAAGUGAUGGAAAUUCCUUGAUCAAAGCAGUCCAUCAGAGCCGACUUCGCCUCACAAGACUUUUGCUAGAAGGUGGUGCCUACAUCAAUGAGAGCAAUGACCGCGGGGAAACACCUUUAAUGAUUGCUUGUAAGACCAAACAUGUCGAUCACCAGAGUGUCAGUAAAGCCAAAAUGGUGAAGUACCUGUUAGAAAACAGUGCUGAUCCCAAUAUACAGGACAAAUCUGGGAAAACUGCCUUGAUGCACGCUUGCUUAGAAAAAGCUGGUCCAGAAGUUGUUUCUUUGCUCCUAAAGAGUGGGGCUGACCUCAGCUUGCAAGACCAUUCUGGUUACUCAGCUCUUGUUUAUGCAAUAAAUGCAGAAGACAGGGAGACCCUGAAAGUUCUCCUUAGUGCUUGCAAGGCAAAGGGGAAAGAGGUCAUCAUUAUAACCACUGCAAAAUCACCCUCUGGGAGGUACACUACCAAACAGUACCUAAACGUGCCUCCUGCAGACAUCGAUGGGUGUCAUUCCCCAGCCACCUGCACCACUCCUUCUGAGAUAGACAUCAAAACAGCCUCAUCGCAACUUUCACAUUUUUCUGAAACUGAACUGACGCUUUUUGGCUUUAAAGACCGGGAGGCCUGCGGAAGCAGUGAUGAUAUCUGGGAACCAAGCUCCCCUGUGAGGAAGCCUGCAGUGUCCCCUAAUGGGCCCAAGCUAUCCCAGGGUCCAGCCUGGAUCAAAAGUACCCCGUUAUUAAAGCACCAGAACAGAGUGGCCUCCUUGCAAGAGGAGCUCCUGGAUAUGACACCAGAGGAAGAAUUCUCCUCCAAAACCAAUGGGCUGGCACUUUCUAAGCGAUUCAUCACAAGGCACCAAAGCAUUGAUGUAAAAGAUACUGCACAUUUGCUCAGAACCUUUGAUCAGGCUGGUUCGAGGAAGAUGUCAUAUGAUGAAAUAAAUUAUCAAUCUCUGUUUCCAGAUGGAAAUCAGCCAUGCGUUGAAAUUCCUGUUGACCAGGACCCAGACCCUAACCAGACGAUAUUUACCUCCACCUUGAGAAGCAUAGUUCAAAAAAGAAACUCAGGGGCAAAUCACUACAGCUCUGAUUCCCAGCUCUCCGAAGGCCUUAUUCCACCAACUUUAGAAGAUGGCAAAGCAUUUACAGGAAAAAAGAAGAUCCUCUCGCCAUCUCCUUCACUGUUGUCAGGCUCCAAAGAAUUGUCAGAGACCAUCCCCUCAGGGCCCCUGAGCAGGAGAAAUCAUGCAGUUUUAGAAAGGCGGGGUUCUGGAGCUUUCCCUUUAGAUCACAAUAUUAUGCAGACCAGGCCUGGGUUUCUGCCACCCUUAAAUGUAAAUCCUCACCCUCCCAACUCAGAUGUCAAUGUCAACAAUAGGAUUUGCAGCCUUCUUUCUUGUGGUCAAAAAGUGCUUAUGCCAACAGUUCCUAUUUUCCCUAAAGAAUUAAAAAGUAAAAAAAUGUUGUUAAGGAGACAGUCUUUGCAAACAGAACAAAUUAAGCAACUGGUAAAUUUUUAAGAGAAGGCUACAAAACACAUUGUCUUCAGAUGUCUGUGUCAGAGAAAUACACACCUAGAAAAGAAAAUGUCCAUCCUUUUAAGUCUUGUAAUUGGUUAGCCCAUUGUGGUUAGGUAGACUAAAAUAUUAUAUGUUUUGAAUUAAGCACUGUGAACACAUGCAUAUUGUAUAGCUUCUGCUAAGGGAAUUCUCUCAAACAAAAUGAAAGCUAUUUUUCUCAAAGCUUCCAAUAUUUAUCAGCCUUCAUGUGGUCCAGGUUUUCCAUUUAAACAAAAAUGAGCAAAGAAAGGUCACAAUAUUUUGAAGAUUUUAAAAAAAUUUUUCAGAGAUGUUUUUAUUAGGAAACAAUGUUUUCAAGUCAUAAUUAUUUACCAUUUCAUGUCAACAAAUAAGGUGGUGAUUUUCCACAAUGCAAAAAGCAUAAAAGAAAACGACAGCUCUAAAAUGUUCUAACUUCAAUCAACCCAAGCUACAAAGAAAGAAAGAUCAAAUUCUGAAAAAAAAAAUGUUGACUGCAGGUAGGUUAAGAGUUAAUUUAAAAAUUUAAAAGGUCAAAACACUAUAGUUAAAAUAGGCCACCCGUAUUCGUCGUGUCAGCUAAAUCAGUAUCAAACUGGCAGGGUCAGGGAUUUUACAAGCUACUAAUAACCUAUGCCAAGUUUUUUGUGUGCUUUUUAUUUUGCUUUGGUUGUUUUUAAACAACCUUAUAUACACUGCUGUCUUAUGGUAUUAUUCUUGUACCACAUCUUUUAAUUCCUGUUAUUUUUGGAAGUAGCGUCUACAGGUUUCCAAUAACAAGAUAAUACAGAAUUCAAAAAGCAUUCUUCCUAAAUUACAUCAAAAUAUACUUGUCUUCCAAAAAGAAAAAAAAACAACCAACAAGAAAAAAAAAAAGGUUGACAUUUAUCACAAACAGAAAAUAAUGCUUGCUUCAUUUUAAAAAAGAAAGGCCAAUUAUUAGAUUAGUUUAGGUAAACUUAAAAUUAAGAAAGCCAGUAGAAACUUAAUGACAAAAUGUGUUAAAUAUUUGGUCAAUAUUAAGCAAUAUCUUUUAAUUUCAAUAUGCAGUUAUUAGACAUUCAUAUAAUAAAGAUACAUAAGGAUAACCUCAGUGUGACAUUCUAAUCACGUAGUAUUUUAGGACCUGUGCAUAACUUCUAAAAAGAUAAAUGCUACUAUUAUAAAAUAUUUAAAAAUGAUUACAUUAUCUACAUAACUUUAAAGUAUGGUGUUUAUACAAAGAUUACUUACUUCUUUCUAGCAAUUCUAAAACAGAAUAAACCAAACUAUACAAAACCUGAGUGUACUAACCAGAAUAUUGUCAUAUACAAUAUUAUUUUUUUGCAUUCUGUAAUGGGGGAGAUCUUAACAAUUGGCAUGAUGCUCUUCUUGGUAAUUUGACAAAAGCAAGUUGUAAUGUACAUAGUGAUUAUUUAUGUCUCGUGGCUUUUAUUUUAAAAAGUAAUGGGAGGUUUUUCAUUUGAUGUUUUGAAAAAAAUAAUAUUCAUCACAUUAGAAAUAUUUUUUUAUUCAGAAUUUAAAAUUGCACCAGAGGUUCUUAAGUAGGUAAAUGUUUUUUGUGAGUUAAUGUCAAGAAAAAUGCUUGUGUUCAAGUUGUAAGGAUACAGUUUAAAUGAAUAUGUAAAUAGAUUAGUUCAUAAACAAAAUGGUAUCAAUAAAAAUUUAAAAUAUCAUCUUGA